AGGUAGACCAUGGGUGAUGAAAUCGGCAAUAAUCGACAAAUUACGUGUUAUUACGUGUUAUUUCGUAAGUAAACGUAGAGCCGUUCGAUAGUUUCCGUUUAUUUCGGUUAACCUUGGACUUUACCAUACAGUCACAAUGUGGUGUCCGAGAUGUGCAGCGUUCGCAGCGUUCUCAAAGAUGGCGUCCACCAGAGACACGAAAGGACGUUUCAGUGUGAAAAAGACAGAAAUUCGAAGAAAGAGGAGAGACAAUUGUGUUUUUGAAGACCAUAAUUAUUUAUCAGGUCAUGUGUGUAGUGGAGAUAUCUGUAACGACACUUACUGCCCGUUGAAUUACAACAUAAACCUUCCGAAGAAUGUAGACAGAAGCGGUUGGAAAGUUGGAAGGAGGGUUGUUGAGCUCUAUGUUUUGUUGUCGGCAUUAUCUUCAUGUAAUUAUUGUAAGUUGGGACCGAUACCGUUAACAUUAUACAGUGUUUUAGGUGAACUGAAAAAGGGACUUGGAGGAUAUUUAUAUGUGAAAUGCCAAAAUGUUAAUUGUAACCAAGUAAACAUUGUGCCCUACGGGAAGACUCAUCAUAUGAAACCGAAGGGAUGUCCUUGUUUCGCAGUCAACACUAAGCUUGGUACAGCAAUGAUUGAUAGUAUUGGAGGUACAGACAGAGUAAAUAACUUCCUGUCCACACUUAACUUGAAGCCAAUCGGACCCAAGACCCUGAAGGAAUUUGAAAGAAGAGCCGGGGAGAAUGUAGAAUCAGUUGCAAAUCAUUCAACACUAAAUGCAGCCAAGAAUAGCUUCAAGAUGGAGAUGGCCGAUAUUGCUAAAAUGGAGAUGGAAAAUGCUGCAAAAACAAUGGAAGGUGAAGUUAUUGAGGACCUUGGUGUUUAUAUACCCCCAGAAUCUUCAACAUCAGUAAAAUUUUUACUUUCUAAACCCCCGAGUCUGACAGAGGGAGAAUCUGAUGAAGAAGAAAUACACAGCCCUGGUUUCGAAAUUAAUAUGUCUCCAGUUGCAACAAGUCAACAUGCCACAGAUGAAAGAUUCAACACUCCACCAAACAAUCCCCAUGUGGUUACCAUUAUUAUGAAAACGCCAUCUGCUCCUCGCCGACUAAGUCCUAUCAAAGCAAACAAGGUCAUGAGACGAGUAAACCUAGCAGAGAAAUUUCCAGUAAAGACACAAUCCGGAAUGUCUUGUGCUGUUGAUACGGCUUGGCACAAACGAGGAUUUGACAGUCUCACAUCGCAUACAUUUUUCAUGAGCAAGGCAAGAUAUGGCAAGAAAGUUGUGAAAGCUUUAGUAAGUCAUAGGACAUGCGGUACUUGCAAGUGGUGGAAGAGGAACAGGCCCGGACAAAAAGUUAGACCACACAGAUGUGUACAAAAUCAUUUCGGUAGUGCCAGGAUGAUGGAGAGUGUCAGUGGGGUAAAGGGAAUACAGGAAUUAGAAAAAGAAGGUACUCCAGUAGAAUAUUUAGAAGAGGAUGGUGAUACUACCAUGAUUGCCAGAAUUCGUUCAGAUUUAGGUAUGUCAAUGAAGAAGAGAUUUGAUCGAAAUCAUGUUGUGAAGAACAUUGGAAAAAAACUUUAUUCUUUGAAAGUGAAAAAACUUAGCAAAAGUGUAAUAGAACACAUACAAAAAUGUUUGAAAUAUUUUGCUAAACAUCAAGGGGACAAACAGGGAUUACAGGAGAACCUAAAGGCCUUAAUACCCCACCAGUUUGGUCAUCAUGAUCUGUGUAUGGAUAGGUUUUGUGGGUUUAAGAGAAAUCCAAAUGAAAAGUAUACACAUAGGAGUUUACCCUACAAGGCAGCUUUAAAAGGUGACAACCUUCGUGCGGAAUUGCAGUCUAUAUUCCAACCUGUUAUUGCAAACGCAGAAGCUUACUCAGAUUUAGGAUCCAGUCAGCAGUGUGAGCACGCCAACAAGGAAGUUACUCUUCGUGCACCCAAGUCACACCACUAUGGCAACUCCGAGUCCCUAGAUCAUCGAGUACAAGCUACAGCAGCUUUCAUCAACGAAGGCCGCAGCUACAUUACCCAGGUAAAUGCUAAAUGUGGUUUGUCUCCUGGACAGUUUACAGAAGAAUAUGCUGCAAAGGCUGAUCAGAAAAGGAAGAGAAAACAAGCCAGAUCUCAGCUGCCAUCUACCAAGAGAAGACGUCUAAUUCUAAAACAGGAACGCGCAGUAAACCAAGGUGCUAGUGAGGCAUUAGAGGGGCAGUCCUAUCAGUCAGGUAUUGGGAUGGAACAAACAGCUGAUAUUGAAAAGCUGCCAGAUGCAAUACCACGUGGACUCUUCAAGCCUGUCAAUUUACCCAGUGGGCAUGAUCCAACAUUUGUAAUGUUUGAUUUAGAGACAACAGACCUUAUCCGUGGUAGAAACAUCCCACACAUUACUCAGAUAGCUGCAAUAGAAUUAGCGUCAGGAGCUAGCUUCAACAGUUAUGUAAGACCAAAGUUACCCAUUACUUUGGCUGCCCAGGAAAUUACGGGGAUCGUCGUAAAUCAGUCAGGACUGAUGACAGUCAAAGGCCAACAAGUGGAAGGAAAAACUAUUCAGUGUGCAAUAAGUGAAUUUCUUCAGUGGUUGAAUAAAUAUUCAUGUGUAGUUUUAGUGGCUCACAAUGGAAGGAAGUUUGACUUUCCUGUUUUUCUUUCUACUUUGAAAAAAGUUGGAUCUGAAAAAAAGUUUUUUGAUUGUGUAACAGGCCUAAUAGACAGUCUUCCUGUUUUCAAAAAAGUUUUUCCAAACCAGGACUGUUAUAAACAGGAGCAUUUGGUGAAGUCUGUUCUUCAGUCAUCAUACAUGGCACACGAUGCAAUGGAGGAUGUAAAGUCACUCGGUCAAUUUAUAAAGCAGACUGGAUUGACUAGUGAAGAAUUGAUCAAAUACACCUACCCACCACUAGCAGUUCAUAAUUCACUUCUGUUUAGUGAGGCCAAAGCCAGAAAUAUUGAUUCUCUUGGUCCUCUUAUUUAUAAAGGUGUGUUGAAGAGACCAACUGCUGAAAAUAUUGCAGGAUCUGGGCUUAAUAUGUGUGUCUUGCGGAAGAUAUUCUUACGGAGUGGUGAGUAUGGUUUACGUGACACAUUUAUGUCCUGUAACAGUGAUGGAUUACCUAGGGUUACAAGUGCAAAAAGGAAUUAGAUGACUUGAUACCUAAACUUGCAGAUUUUUUUUCUAAGUGAAGUGAACUAACAUGCAUUUUCUGUUUUUGCAUAGAAAAGAACAAUUCUCGGACUUUACACUACAUUAUAAGAAUUUUUCACAAAAGAGAUUUUUUUAGCAGAAAGAUCAUAUAAUUACCUAAUAUUACUUCUCAGUGAACUGUUUCUGCUUUAAUUCAAGUAAAACAUUAUAAGAUAUUCAUGGACUGUGGUUUUUACAAAUUCAUUCAUUUAUAGUGUAGAACAAAAGGCUAGAAAUUUUGAUGGCAUGUCUCUUUUUAAAACUUAAUUUAACAAUUUUUCCACGGUAAAAUGUUCUGAUCUUUAUUUUUUCUAAUGAAUUAUACCCUUAUUAUAAUUAGUAAGUAGGUUUUAGUGUUUGGAAGUCUUUAAAUUGUAAAAAAUAUUGGACUUGAUAUGUAAGAUAGAAAAGCAAAUGUGCUAAAAAUGCUUGCCUUGAAAAUAAAAUAGCGUCUAUUUUCAACUAUAUUUUUUUUCCCUAUAUAAUGUAUUGACUUAUUGGCUAAUUUUGUGUACAAGCAUUGUAUUUUGUACUAAAAUGUACUAAAGCCACAAAAAUUAUAUGUUUUUUUGUAAAUUUUUGUCAUGUUUAGUGUUUUAAGUCCUCGGCACAUUUUGUGCCAUUUUGUGUAAUAGGGCUCGCAUAAUAUUUUUGCCCAUAAAUAAAAAAAUAAACGGUAAAUUUUUUUAA